AUGUCUCUGAAACAGUUCCUCAGGUACAUUGAAGCCUUCAACGCAAAGGACUAUAAGCUCCAACACAGCUUCUACCACAAGAAUGUCACUCUCGUCAUUCCCGACCCCGAGAUCGGAACUCUAAUUGGCUCAGCCGGAAUCAUGAACCAUUACGCCAAAGUACACGCCGACGCGCAGGAAACCGUCGUCCCAAUGUUCGUGAUGAUUGAUGGUGCACGAGUCUUCUUGAGCAUGGAAGCAUAUUUCCUCUACACGCGAACCACCGAUCAGGCAGUGCAUAGCCACAAGGUGAAACCCGGAGACGUGAUUCGAGUCAAGGUGUGGGCUGUUUACGAUAUGUUAGAUGGGAAGAUGGCAAGGAUUACUUGCAAUGCGCUGAGUGAUGAAUUUUUGGGACAGGUCAAUGUGAAUGCAUUGAUUCGAGAAAGCUGGAGCCGGGUGGAUGAGAAUGUCAAAUCCUGCUGGAGACCUGCCUCUGUGUUGUAA